CACAAACACCACUACUGCCAUUUCCCGUGAAACUCCAAGGUCUCCAGGUAGUGGCUGGCCCACGCCCGUACAUAACCAACUGUUUCAGAGUUGACGCUUUUUUACGCUCCAUCGCCGCCUCAACCCCACCACAUCCCACUUCGACCUCAGCAUCACGAUGCUCAUAUCCCUGCAGGAGCAGGAGUUAUGUCGACACCUGCGCGAGCUUCCGCGGCGACAUGGCUACAAGUACACUGAUAAAGCCACGCGAGAGCUGUACCAGAUCCUCUUUCGCUCGCUCGCCGGGCGUGGCGACUACCUGCCGCUGUUCUUCCCCAACGGACCGCCGACGGACCCAGACCGGACGUGGAGCCUGCGCGAGGCCCAAGGGGCAGUGGAGGGGGCAGAAUACACGGAGGCGGCACGGGGAAAGCCAUGCGGACACAUCUUCAAGAGCGGUGAAGCCACAUACCGGUGCAAGACGUGCACCGCGGACGAUACCUGCGUGCUGUGCGCCCGGUGCUUCGACGCCUCAGACCACGAGGGCCACCAAGUCUAUGUCAGCGUAUCGCCUGGCAAUUCGGGAUGUUGCGACUGCGGCGACGACGAGGCGUGGGUGCGGCCUGUCAAGUGCAGCAUCCAUUCCGCCUCGCCAGCAGCCGAGUCCAGGGCGGCCGGCAAGGCGAAGGAAGGCUCCGCACUGCCUGACGAGCUUCUGGAAAGCAUUCGCAUGACCGUCGCGAGGGCGCUCGACUACCUCAUCGACGUCUUCUCCUGCUCGCCCGAGCAACUGCGUCUGCCCAAGACGGAAGAGUCCAUAUUGCAGGACGAGCGUUCGUCGCGUCUGACGUCAAGAUGGUACGGCCCCGGCGACCAGCCCGAGGAAGACCAGGAGUUCUGCCUAGUAUUGUGGAAUGACGAGAAGCACACCGUCAACGAUGUUCGCGAUCAGGUGGCGCGCGCGUGCAAGCAGAAGUUGGCAUUCGGGCUCGCCAAAGCGCAUGAGGUCAACGACAUUGGCCGAGCCACCAUUGUGUCCAGAUCUAACAUCCAGGAUCUCCUCCGCAUGGCAAAGAUCAUUGAAGACAUCAAGUUAACUGUGACCAUCCGGUCAGCGCGGGAUACUUUUCGCGAGCAGAUGGGCGGGGCCAUUGUCGAAUGGAUCUCGGACGUCGCUGGAUGCAGUGUCGCGGAUGACAACCAGAUACUACGGCGGACUGUCUGUGAAGAACUACUCAAGCCCUGGCGGGUCGGCAGCGAAGCGUCUAAUCAAAGCAUUGGAAAGGACGGUCUCUAUGAUAAUGAGACAGAAGACAAAGAAGCAGAGUUGAAUGGCUAUGGCUUCUACCGUCAGUACAUGACCCAGCAGAGGCGUGCCCAAAUAGCGAUGAUGCGUCGCCAGCGCGCCCAGAACAAUGACGAUACGACAGCUUCAGAUGCGGACGCUGACGCUGACGAGGAGGAAGAAGAGGAAGGCGAAAGCGCCGGAGAUGACGCGGAGGGCGCUGAGGACAUGGAAGUCGACCGCACGGCGAGGCGAGACCAUGACGGCGAUGUACAUAUGGAGGCAUACGAAAGCGCGGAUGAGACGCCUAAUAUCGCACAACAAGUUGGAAGCCACACCGAACAGAACCUCACCCCUGCCGAAUCUGAUAGCGAACCCAUGGUUGCUGCGCCAUCUCUCAGCCAUGUCGAGCCGUUGAUGCCCGUACCCGAGACUCCCCAGACCACAUCUUUGCCGUUGCGACCAUCCCGGCCACCCCAGUAUUGGUUAGAGAAGCCUGAUAGUUAUGGAAGGCAGCCGGGGACCCCAGCUCAUGAAGACCUCUGGCAGCGCCUACGCCUCGACCACCUUAUCCUCUACGACCUUCGGAUGUGGAAACAGCUGCGCGUUAGUGUACGGGAUGUCUUCAUCAGCACCGUGGUUACAAUACCGCAGUUCAAGCGCUUAUUGGGCCUGCGUUUUGCCGGUGUGUACACUGCGUUAGCGCAGCUAUACCUCAUUGCAGACAGGGAGCCAGACCAUUCCAUCAUCAACCUGUCCCUACAGAUGGUCACAACGCCCUCCAUCACGGCCGAAAUUGUCGAACGAGGCAACUUCCUCACGAACCUCAUGGCCAUCCUUUACACCUUCCUAACCACCCGUCAAGUUGGCUACCCCUGGAACGUGGAUCACAAGGCCACACUAGCCUUCGAGCAAGGCGCUGUGACCAAUCGGCGGAUGUACCACUUCUUUCUAGACAUGAAGUACCUUUUAGGCUCCGAGCAUGUUCAGGAGCGGAUACGCGAGGAGGAACGCUAUCUAUUACAGUUCCUUGAUUUGGUCAAGCUCCACCAGGGCAUAUGUCCAAAUGUUCGUGCGGUGGGAGAACAUCUCGAAUACGAAACCGAGGCCUGGAUCAGCGCUUCCCUCAUUACUCGUGAGAUAAACAAGCUGUGCAGGCAGUUUUCCGAAUCCUUCGUAUGGAGCCGCAACGAAGAUUCCGCACACAUCCGCCGCGCUAUCAGAGCCUCGACCAAGGUCGCCAUCGUCAACUCACUAGGGGCCGAACGGAAGCGCUUCGACCAGUCCGAGUUGAAAACGGAGACGCGGUUUAAGACGCUGGAUGUAUUCGAGUUCGAUGCUGACCCGUCCUCCUUCCUCGGCCCGUCGUACAGGGUAAUCGACUACGUUGUUGCGAAGGAGCCUAUGAGCUUCCACCACGCUCUUCAUUACACCGUCUCUUGGCUUGUUGAUCGCGCUCGAGGUAUGCCUCGAGAUCAUUUGCUUGGACUCUUGCUAUUCUCUCACGACGAGCUUCAGCAAGGUAUCAACGCGCCAGCGCUCAUUGUGCCUGAUUACCAACCUGAGGAAUAUUUGCUAGCGCUGUUCGACUUCCCACUCAGGGUCUGUGCAUGGCUGGCUCAGAUGAGGGCAGGUAUCUGGGUAAGGAACGGGAUCACGCUGCGGCAUCAGAUGACGCAGUAUAGAAGCGUCUCACAGCGGGAUGUAUCCUACCAAAGGGACAUCUUCCUUUUGCAGGCGGCGCUGGUGUUGUGCAAUCCAUCAGUGUUCCUAGCGACGAUGGUCGACCGGUUUGGCCUGCUAGACUGGAUGCGUGGCAGAUACGAAGCUGCCCACCAUGGGUUCGAGGAUACCCAAGUCAUCGACGUGGUCGAGGACUUUGUCCACCUUCUGAUCAUACUACUCAGCGAUCGGGCAUCGCUCAUUCCCGCGGAAGACGACGUUGAGCCUCAGGUCGCAGCGAUCCGCAGAGACAUAGCCCACGUGCUCUGUUUCAAACCGCUUUCUUACUCCGAUAUGACAAACAAGCUCUCGGAUCGGAUCCAGAACAUGGAUGAAUUCCCUGAUGCCCUAGCGGAAAUGACGAAGUUUAGGCCACCGGAAGGCCUUUCGGACUCUGGAACAUUUGAGUUGAAGGGGCAAUAUAUCAGGCUGGUCGAUCCUUAUGCGCAUCAAUACACUCGGAACCAGCGUGAAGAGGCCGAAAACAUCUACAAGAACUACAUGGCCAAGCGAACAGGAAAGCAAGCCGCCGAUAUAGUGUUCGAACCAAAACUCCGACCGAUCCAAUCAGGAUUGUUCCAGAAUCUCUCCGAUUUCACGCGGCGGCCGCUCUUCACACAGAUCAUCUACUACCUGCUCGGCUAUGGUCUGAUGGCCUCAACUACCACACCUAGCAUUCCUGCGACGCGUGUCGAGAGCUAUAUCCAAUUCGUGCUUCAGUUGCUUCUCGUAGCUGUGCUUGAAGACAAGUCCGAGCAGCAUGAGUGGUCUCAGGAGGCACCGGACUCGUUUGUUACCUCCGUUCUCACCAAACAUGCAAACAUGGGCCUACCCGAGCAUCCCACAAUUCUCUCCAUUCUCAAAUCUUUGAUUGAGAAGGAGGAUUUCAAGUCUUGCGAGCCAAAGAUUAAACUGAUUCUGCAUCGGCUCAAGCAGCGCCAACAGAGCACGUUCAUCAUUGCUUCAGCAGCCCUCAACAUGGCCGCCGAGCGUAUGGACACGGCCUCACCGGCUACGAUUACGCUCCAAGAAAAGGAGCUGAAGAAGAAGCAAGCGCUAGAGAGACAAGCGAGGGUCAUGGCAUCCUUUAAAGAGCAACAGGGGAAGUUUAUGGCGAAUCAGGACUUCGAUUGGGGAGAUGACUUCAGCGACCUGGAAGACGAGGCCGGUCAGCCAUUAACAGAGCAGGAGAAGAUUGUUAAGUAUCCAUCUGGCACCUGCAUCCUUUGCCAGGAGGAAACGAACGAUCAACGUCUCUUCGGGAGCUUCGGUUUUGUCUCAGAGAGCAGCAUCCUACGACAAACAGACGUCAAGGAUGAGGAUUGGGUUGACGAAGUCACCCAGACUCCCCCCAGUCUUGACCGCUCAGCAGACGCAGUUCGACCAUUCGGUGUGUCUGGCAAGAACCGACGUACUCUGGAGAAGGUCUCAUCUACUGGCGAACGGUUCCUCAUUGAGAGACAGGAACUGGGCAAGGGGUUUCCUUGCUCACAAACGAAGAGGGGCCCCGUCUCCACUGGCUGUGGACAUAUUAUGCACUAUGCCUGCUUCGAGGUCUAUCUCCAAGCAACGCAACGGCGGCAUGUUAGCCAGAUAGCGCGGAAUCAUCCCGAGCGGCCGGAAUUCAAGGAGUUCAUGUGUCCGCUCUGUAAAGCUCUGGGUAACAUGUUCUUGCCUAUCAUCUGGAAAGGAAAGAAGGUCUCCUACCCUGGGGCGUUAGAGACAACCACAUCUUUUGAAGACUGGAUUGGAUCGCGACUCGCCCUAAACAUCUCCAAAAUCGACAAGGGCUCUGAGCGAGCCAGUGGAGAACCUCCGGUCAAUCUCAGUCGCCAGCAAAAGGCACUCUAUGAUUAUGGAGAACGGGACUUCAUCCAGCCAGUAGCGAGCAGACUCCCUGAGAUCGUCAAGUCCAGUUUCGUUACUAUGCCAGUGCCUCAGCCUUCUACACAACCCCGCUUCUCUGUUCCAGCCUUUAUCUCGAUGCAGAACGACGACCCUCGCGAUCCGGUUGUCCUUCCUUCCGAGACCAGUCCAGCUGUGGUGCAAAAUUUCCCCAUGCCGGAACUUGUCAGGAUAUACCAGCGUCUUCGGGACACAUUCCGCGUCAACUCUAUCCCUUCAACCUUCUCUUACCCGCAUACUCCCUCGGCGGUCGUCGAAGACUUGACGCAUACCGACGCUCUUGCGCGUGCGUUGGGAUAUUCGAUAUCUGCAGUUGAGAUUGCACAGCGUGGUGUGCAAUCCGAUUCAAUGAGAGGAACAUUGUUAGACAAAAUCUCUCCGCAGUCGCUGACGCAUCUUCGUAUAUACUCGGAGACUGUCUCCUCGUACCUCGCCAUCGGGAGCCUGCGCAACCAAUGCUCCAACAAGACAAUGGAUGAGUACUCCCAUGGGCAGUAUCGACAGCUUCAUCAGCUAUUCGUCGGUCAUCCCAACAUCUUUCAACCGGAGCGCUUGCCGUAUGAUCUGAAGAGCAUUCCUCCUCUGCUGCUCCAGGACCCCUUUAUCUUCCUGUCGGAGUGUUCCGUAUGCGCCGUGUCCGCACUCAACCUCGACAUCCACCACGUCCUCCGGCUAUGCUACUUGGCAGAGAUCGUUCGAGUUGUCUUGACCUAUACUGCUGACGGGGGUGAAAUCCUCAGGCAGGAAUCUGAAAUGGAUCUUAAUGAAGGCACCGCCCAACCCUGGUUUAAGUCUCCUGAGCGAUUCGUCAAUGCCGAAAAAGUCAAGAACGGCACUUUCAGCGGAGAUCAAAUGAACAACCUCCUGGAGUUCGUGUGCCUUGUAUUCAACGUCGCCCGCCUUGGCAACUCCCUAGCAUCUGUGGACUUCAACGACAUGACCGUGCCAGACAGAUUCAGAGAUCCGAACUUCCUCUAUUUUAUCUACACCAUGAUUUCUACGUACGCGUUACCGUAUGUACGCAAGACAGCGAUUCUCAUGCACGUCCGCUACGGCGUGGAGCUGCCCCACGUUCCCUUGGAGCGUGUCGACGAAUCUGAGCUUGACCGCCUCUCGUUCUUGAUGAAACUCCCGUCCCUGCACGAGAUGAUUGCUUCGUUUGUCAGCAGGGAGUCGGCUGGGCACACUACGCGCUCCGUUGUCGGGGGCUGGAUUCGUCACUGGAUCUGGGUGCGAGAGGGCAAACGACCCAUCCAGCCCUCCAUUUCGCUCUCGCACCCUGCCAUCUUCGAGCUCGUCGGCUUGCCCAAGAACUACGACACACUCACGGACGACGCGAUCCGCCGCAAAUGUCCAACGACCGGGAAGGAUCUCACCGACCCUUCACUUUGUCUCUUUUGCGGUGAGAUCAUGUGCAGCCAGGGUGUGUGCUGCUCGGCAAACAGUCACCGCGGCGGCUGCAACCAGCACCAGGCCAAGUGCGGCGGGAAUAUUGGCAUCUACAUCAAUAUCCGCAAGUGCAUGGUGCUGUUUUUGAAUGAAGACCAUGGGACUUGGGCGGUGGCGCCGUAUCUAGACAAGCAUGGCGAGGCGGAUCCGACUCUCCGGAGGCAUCAUCAGCUUUUCUUAAACCAAAAGAGGUAUGAUGUGCUGCUGCGAAAGGUGUGGCUCGAAGGUGGGAUCCAGAGUUUGAUCGCGAGGAGGCUAGAAGGGGAUAUCAACAAUGGGGGCUGGGAGACUUUGUGAGAUGAGCGGAGUAUGGCAGCAGUCUGAGAUUGUGGCCUGUGUAAUUCUAGAUAGACCGGCGGAGGGGCGAAAGGGGCGUUUUGGAUGUCAUGAGCAUUUUCACUCGUAGGUCUAAUUGUGUAUGGACUAGGUCCUAAGAAGGUACGACGCAUGAAUACACGUUCAUUAUUCGCUUGCUUGAUUCGAUGGGCAGUAAGAG